UGGCCUUCCUGCAGCCCAUAUUUGAAUCUGAAGGCAUUGUUUACCCUCAACAAGAAACUGAGACUCAUGAGGAAGGCGAGUACUUCCUGAAGGUUUUGAUUCCCAGCUAUGCAGCGGGUUCAAUCAUCGGGAAGGGAGGUCAGACCAUCGUCCAGCUGCAGAAAGAGACCGGAGCCACCAUCAAACUGUCCAAAUCCAAAGACUUCUAUCCUGGCACGACAGAGCGGGUGUGUCUGAUCCAGGGGACGGUGGAAGCUCUGAACGGCGUUCAUGACUUCAUCGCUGAGAAGGUGAGGGAGAUGCCUCAGAGCACCCAGAAGACAGAACCGGUCAGCAUCCUGCAGCCGCAGACCACCGUCAACCCGGACCGGGUCAAACAGGCCAAGCUGAUCGUCCCCAACAGUACGGCCGGGCUAAUCAUCGGGAAAGGCGGAGCUACGGUCAAAGCGGUGAUGGAGCAGUCCGGCGCGUGGGUCCAGCUCUCCCAGAAGCCCGAGGGCAUCAACCUGCAGGAGCGCGUGGUCACCAUCAGUGGCGAGCCGGAGCAGAACCGGAAGGCAGUGGAAAUCAUCGUCCAAAAGAUCCAGGAGGACCCGCAGAGCUCCUCCUGCCUCAACAUCUCCUACUCCAACGUCACGGGGCCCGUCGCCAACUCCAACCCCACCGGCUCCCCGUACGCCAACUCCACCGAGGUCAUGCCGGCAGCCGCGGCGGCGGCGGCGGCCACGGCUUCCUCUCUGCUUGGCCAGGCGGGCCUGGCUGGAGUCGGAGCCUUCCCGACCACCAUGUCCAGCUUCUCGGGCAACGACCUGCUCGCCAUCACCUCCGCCCUCAACACUCUGGCCAGCUACGGGUACAACACCAACUCUCUGGGCCUGGGGCUGAACCCCGCAGCGGCUUCAGGGGUGUUAGCCGCCGUAGCAGCCAACGCCAACCCAGCAGCAGCAGCCGCGGCUAAUUUGUUAGCGUCCUACGCCAGCGAUGCGUCCACCAGCGCGGCCCACCCUGCGGCCAGCCUCGGAGGCCUCUCUCUGGGCUCCUUAGCUGCAGCUACAGGGGCCACCAACGGCUACCUGAGCGCCGCGUCCCCGCUGGUGGCGUCGUCCCUGCUGGCUACAGAAAAGCUGGCAGAAGGAGCGAAGGAAGUGGUCGAGAUCGCCGUGCCAGAGAACCUGGUGGGAGCCAUUUUGGGGAAAGGAGGGAAGACGCUAGUGGAGUACCAGGAGCUGACCGGCGCCCGGAUCCAGAUCUCCAAGAAAGGCGAGUUCAUCCCAGGAACCCGGAACAGGAAGGUGACCAUCACAGGCUCACAGGCCGCCACGCAGGCCGCACAGUACCUGAUCAGCCAGCGGAUCACCUACGAGCAGGGGGUACGCGCCACCAACCCACAGAAGGUGGGCUAAACCUGACAGCCAAUGAGAAACGAGGAGGAAAAGAGGGAAAAAAAAAGAAAGAAAAGGGGGCUUGGGGGAGGAGAAUUUAAAGAGAAAGCGAGAGUGAAAGGGAAAUGGAGAGGAGGUCAAAAAUGUUGGAAGGAAUCUGUUUUCUUCUGCGUGUUUUCAGUAUUAAAAAAAGAGUCUUUGACACAAAGCAAAAACGUGCUGAGAAGAUGAGGAGGGAGAGGAGCGCCGAAAAUCCAAGAAAAAAAAUGUGUAAAAUGUAAAUAUGGUUUUAUUACUUAACGUCUUGACCUUUCGGGAUUUUUAUUGUUUUGUUUUAUUGUUUGUUUCGUUUCGUUCAGUAAAUUAAGUCGUCUGUUCGUGUGUCGUGUGGACAGAGCUGAAUGCCAUGUAGGCAGGCCCACCGAGCCUGCAGCCGGGGGGGGAGGGGCGCAGAGAGGGGGAGGGUUGGUGUUUCUACAGGGUACAACCCUCCACCCCCCCUCACUUCCAAGAUCCUGUAAGGAAACAACCCUUACCCCCCCUCCCCCCCUUCAGCCCACAUCUACAGCAGGGCUUUUGUUUUUCAAAUCGAUUUGCCCCGCCUCUCUCAAAACCCCUCCUCACACGAUUUUUUUUGCCCCGCCCCCUUUUAACGAAAACUUUGCAAUGAGGAAGAAACGUCCCGACUCCAUCCCCCAGAGCUCCCCUUCGCUCCUCGUGACAGGGCCGAGGGGGGUGGGGGGUGGGGGAGGGUGAACGUUUCUUCGUUUGCACACACGCAAACACACACACAAACACACACACACACACACCUGUACAACCAGCUGCAGGGGUGUGAUGGCUCCACUGUUUUACAACCACAAUUCUAAAAAAGUCGUAAAACAACAACUUCAAUUUAAUUAAACAUUUUUAUUCACAAUCAAACAUAAUAAAAGACAGACGGCAGCGCUUCAUAUACGGCUUCUAAUUUGCACGAUAGAGCUUUAAGCAGCAUCUAUGGAUGACUCGAUGAGCUGGAGGACCUUUAUUCUGAAAUUAUUCCACUGGCUUUGAAAGCUGAACCUCUUUUAAUUAAUCACAAUUAGUUGCAAAAAUCCUUUUCUCCUUUUGUUGCUUCUUGGACAACUUUAUUAUAUUUAUUCAUUUUUAUAUCAUUCUUAAAAACUAAAUAAAUCAAUUACUGUAUGGAAAGUGUGCAGAAAGAAGAAACAAAUCUAACAUUUUCCCCUUAUAAAAAAACCCAACAACUUCAAACCAGGAACUUAAACUAAUAAUAAGAAUAAUCUCCAUAUGAGAAAAUUAAACCAAAAACAAACUUUAUUCAAAUCUGUCGCUGCCUUAAAAUCUAAAUUACACAAUUUCCCCUGAAGAAAGCAACAAUUAUUUCAUUGAAGCAUUUUAUCUGAUCAUUAUGUUCCAUUGUGAAUAAAUAAUGUCUCAUGUUGUAGAUUGAACAUGGAGCUACACACAAACACGAUGUGUGUGAUGCUGUGGUGAACACUCAGGACCCCCAGCGUCUCUGCAGUCUUAAACAAACACCGACAAAGAUUUUGUCUCAUCACCAUCGUCACUAUUUAUUAACCAGACCACCCCGAUAAAGCUCACUUUUUCUUUUUGGGAAUCUGUGAAUUCAGGUUGACAUGAAUGUAAAUGAGACUAUUUUUUUCUUUUCUUUAUUUUUGUUUGUUUUAAUAUAAGUGGACUGAAGAUGAAUCGUAAUGUCACAUAGUGUAAUAUAUGUCUUAUUUAAGUCCAGUUAGGAAAGCCGCUCCAGGUGUUAAGAUCAUUACAGUAAAGUGAUUAUAUCCAGUCAAACAGCAGAACAGGGAACACACACACACACACACACACACACACAUAGAAACUAAAAAAUGCCAUAUUUGGUGCUACAAAGGCAAAUUGCUCAUAUCUAUAAUGCAGACUUUUAAUUUAGCAAAAAACGUAUGUGAAACCAGUCCCAGUCCAGACAGCAGUGCAGCUAUACUAACCAGAGAUACCUGAUUAUUACACCUCAUUCUGCAGCAUAUCCCUGCUGUCUGUGUUUGGAGUACAAAGCCCCGCUGCAUAAAACUGCAGCAGAAAUGAAUAACUGAGAGGAGCUGAGGAGCUGAGACCAGUUCUCUGCUGCUCAGCCUCAGAUGGUCCCGAGCCACAGAGCAGAUCCAGCACUUGUGAUUAAAACUACUGAGAGACGCCGACCUUGAUUAAAAAAAAAAUUUUAAAAAGGGAGGGGGGGCAAUAAAGCGUCGUUUGUCUGGGGUCCACUGCUGAAGCCUGUCUGGCAGCGCUGCAUAUCUCUAAGAACCGUCCAGGUGACACCAGGUGAAGAGCAGGUGACACGUUUUCAUCCAGGGAGCAGAGGUUUACUGCCCACCCACAAGGCUGCUGAAGAUGCUGUUUUUAUUUUUGUUGUUGUUAUUGAUCUUAUUUAUGUUUUUUGUGUUUGUUUUAAUAAUCGGAGUACACUGAAUUUUUUUAUUCUUUAUUUUAUUUUUUUUUGUCUUAAUGCACUGUGAAGCUGGAAAGCAGUUUUAUGGACCUGCGAGGUCAGGGAUGUAGAUCGUGACUGGAUAAUUUGUUUUUGUAUGGCAGGGAU